AAGAAGAAGAAGAAUGUGUUGCUAGCAGCGUAGCUUCUCUUCUGCUUGAARUCAUUCCUUAAGAGGUUGAUCAUCUGUUGGCUGAAUAUGUGAAUGUUUUCAGUAAAAAUGUCUUCAGUCCCGCUUCAACGAAAGACGAGCAACGAGCAGUUAACUCCUGCUGAAGAAACAUUCACAGAGUUUAAAGGAAUAACCAAGACCGAGAAAAAGAUGGACGAUCAACGCAGACUGCUGGAUUUCACUCGGACUCCUCAAGUCAUCUUACACCGAAAAGACCUCAAACGGGAACAUGUUUGGAAGGAGGAGGCGCUCGCCGACCAGCGGAGGAACUCUAGUUUUGACGAAGAGGAACCAGAACCUCAGCAAAUGAAGGAGGAGCAGGGUGAGCUGGAACAUUUUCAGAUAAAGGAAGAAGAAAAGGAAGUCCGCAUUAGUCAGGAGGAAGAGCAGCUUGGGCUGAAGCAGGAGACUGAAACCUUAAUGGCGACUCCUACUGAUGAAGAAUUUCACUCUGAACCAGAAGCAAACUGGAACCAACUCAACUUUCCUCUUGAAACUGAGAAUGAGGAUCAGAAAACAAGCAAUCCCGAAGUCUCAGGAGUAAUGAUGGAUGAAGAGCAAAUACAUUGGAAAACUAGACACCAUAGUGACACAAGAAGUUCACCAGAAAAAGAGUCCACAGAAACUCAUGGAGAUAAGAAACUUUACUUUUGUGAAAUGUGUGAUAAAAGCUUUUCUCUAAAUAAAAACUUGAUCGCACACAUGAGAAUUCACACAGGGGAGAGGCCUUUCUCGUGCAAAACCUGUGGCAAAUGUUUCACCAAAAAAUCCAAUUUAACUCGUCACUUAAAGGCUCACACGGGUGAGAAGCCUUUUUCAUGCGACGCCUGCAAAAAGACAUUCAGUCUAAAAAGAGAUCUGGUCAAACACAUGAGAAUUCACACGGGCGAGAAGCCUUUCCUGUGCAUGACCUGUGGAAAACGUUUCAGRUUGAAAUUUAUUUUAACUGAACACACAMGAACUCACACGGGUGAGAGGCCUUUUCCUUGUGACGCUUGUAAAAAGACAUUCAGCCUUAAAAGAAACGUGGUGAAACACAUGAGGAACUGUGGAAAACAUCUUAAAUCUACAGGUUGUUUUGAUUCAAGUCGGACAAUGAGAUGAGAGCACUUUGUCUUGCUGAACAUGUCGCAAAMAUWUUCAUGUAAAAAAUUCAGUUUAACUUAUUYCAUUGYGACUCAUUCAGGUGAGAAGCCUUUUGGAGGUUUGGCCU